AUGUCGACCCGGGCAGUCAUUUCAGCCGUAAAGAACGUCAAGGGGAAGACAUCUGAUCUGUUCCACAUCAGGUGCAGAGUUAAGCCAAACGUCGAUAAACUCCGCGAAGGGGUGAAAGCCGUCACAGAUGAUGCCAUUGAGCUCAAUGUAGCUGCGCAACCAAAGGACGGUGAAGCUAACAAAGCCACCGUUCGUAUCAUGAGCAGUGCUCUUGGUAUUGCCAAGUCCGAUUUGCAGAUUGUCCACGGCUUGAAGUCCAAAGACAAAACUAUCGAGGUCAACGUCUCUGCAAUACCCGUACCCGCAGGGCAAGGCCGUGAAGAAUGGGUUAGCCUUCUUCGAUCACGUUUGGAAACUCACGUAUCCCUCUACAAGUGA